UCCACUCAUUUUUGUGACCAUUCAUGUAGUAAUCGGCUGUCUCUCAAAGGUUAAACAACAUUCUUAUAGUACAAUUUACUGUUAAAUUCCAAAAAAACAUGUGCUAAGAAUGGUCAUCAGAGAAUAAAGGACAGAGAGCAAUCAGAAAAAAAACGAUUUGUUAUCAUAGACUCAAUACAUAUCAGAUAACAAAAGAAAUGUUUUCGAUCGAUGCGUUUGAGUUUGAAAGUUUGGCAAAUCGACACUUGUUUGACUAUCCAUCGGCAUCGACGAAUGACUUAUUUUUGUGCAAUGAUAACUCAUCCGAUAGUGAUCUGUAUAGCUCGUACAAUAGUGACCAAGAAAAUAAUCUAGAUAAACUGCCAACAAAAUCACGUCGUUCACACAAUCUACAGUCGCAACAGCGUCAAGCAGCCAACUUACGUGAACGCCGUCGGAUGCAGAAUAUAAACGAAGCAUUUGAGGGACUACGCGCCCAUAUACCAACAUUGCCGUAUGAAAAGAAAUUGAGUAAAGUCGAUAUCUUGAAAUUAGCAAUCAGCUACAUCAGUUUUCUGGGCGAAAUGGUGAGAAAAGACAAGAAUGGCAACACAUCAAGCCUGAUCGGUGUUCAAAAGCAGAUUGUUAAAGUGCCACCCAAAAAGACGAUUCUACGUUGUCGAAGUAAUGGGAUGAUUCACUCACUGUCAUGGCAUCGGAAAGGAGAUCGAAUUACUGGCUGUAAAUUAUUCGCGCGUAUUUGGACACCAGAAGAUCCCCGGGUCAAGUCAAAAAUGUUUCCAUCAAAGUUUGAGUUUCCAGCCGAUCACACUCAGCUCUAGGAAUUAUCACAUUGAAAACCGAAAGACUCUUGUUGCUCUUCAAGUUUGCCAAAUGAUUCUUCUCUACUUUCUAGUCAUAUAUUUAUAUAUAAAAUCAAACUCUUACUUCAGUGUGUAAAUUAUUAGCCAUUUGUGAUAUGGCCCAAUAAUCGAAAAGAAAAACUGAAUAUUUUGUAUUUUAAAUUACUUUCAACGCAUCGCAUCGAACGUGGAAUAAUUACAUUUUUCAAUUAAUUUCCAUUGAUUUGAUGGAGAGAGAAAAAAAAACCCGCCGUUUAUGGCUAUAAAUUCAUCGGCAGUUUUGAGUGAGUUGAUGUAAAAUCAAUUCAAUCGCUGUGUAUUUAUGUUGUAAUUGAUCACACGGAAUGGCACAUAAUAAUUUUAAUUUCUGCUCGCUUAUACUUACU